CAAUAAAUUAUUAUCGGUACCUACACUUUUUGUAAUUAUAAAUAUUAAUUUUUACACAUUAAAUUAUAUAUUAUUGCCAUAAACGUAAUGGACGGAAAAAACAAAUUCGUGAGUCCAUUUUACCGACCAUGGAUGACAACGUAUGGAGCUGCUGCACCAGCUGGUGGAUCCAACAAGGGCUUGAAGGGGAUCGUUGCUGGUGGAAUUACUGGAGGUAUAGAAAUAUGUAUUACUUAUCCAACUGAAUAUGUAAAAACACAAAUUCAACUUGAUGAAAAAGCUGGUGCUAGAAAAUAUAAUGGUAUUUUGGAUUGUGUUAAAAAGACUGUGAAAAGCCAUGGUAUAUUUGGUCUAUAUCGUGGACUUAGUGUGUUACUUUAUGGAUCCAUUCCAAAAUCAGCUGUUAGGUUUGGUGCAUUUGAAGCUCUCAGCACUCAGAUUUCAGGAGGCAGUGGAGAAUUAACAGCUACUCAAAGAGUCCUGUGUGGUCUUGGUGCUGGUGUAUCUGAAGCCAUACUUGCCGUCACCCCAAUGGAAACCGUGAAGGUGAAGUUUAUCAAUGAUCAACGGUUAGAAAAACCAAGGUUCAAAGGUUUUUUCCACGGGACCAGUAUUAUCAUCAAAGAACAAGGUAUUAGUGGUGUUUAUCAAGGAUUGAUGCCAACUAUAUUGAAACAAGGUACUAACCAAGCAAUUCGAUUUUAUGUAAUGGGUGCAUUAAAAAAUCUCUACAAGGGCGAUGAUCCUAACAAACCAGUACCAAAACUAUUAGUUGGAGUUUUUGGUAUGGCAGCAGGUGCCGCUAGUGUUUACGGUAAUACACCAUUAGAUGUGGUUAAGACACGCAUGCAAGGACUAGAAGCACAUAAGUACAAGAGCACAGUUGAUUGUAUGGUUCAAAUAUGGAAAAAAGAAGGACCCACAGCGUUUUACAAAGGAACUGUGCCACGGCUUAGCAGAGUAUGUUUGGACGUUGGCAUUACUUUCAUGAUUUAUGAUUCAUUUAUGGAUCUCUUCAAAAAAGUAUGGCCCUGAGUUACUUCUUCAAAAAUAUGAACAACUAUAUAAAAAUAUUAUUAAAAGAAAAAGUACAGUGUCUAAUUAUUUCUGAUAGAUGGUUACAGUUUACUGCAUAUAWAUUUUACUUAAUUAUCGAUAAAUUAAUCAAUACUCCGUCAACUAAACUUUUUAAAUGAUUUUUUACUACUCAAAUUUUAAAAUUAGGAUGAAAAAUUAGGAUCAUUUAAAUAUU